CAAUGAAGGUUUCGGAUGACAGUUUUGUCAAGAGUAGUGUCAUGUCAAGAUGUUUCUGACAUAAGAUGAAAGACUUAUUCCUUUUUGUGAUUUUCAUUCCCUUAAUUUGUGGUCAGGUAUGGGAUGCUGAGGUUUACUGGAAUGGCAGAUAUGCUGCAAAUGGGAUAGAUUACAAUGCAGAUGAUACAGCCAACGGAAUGUGGUCAGAUAAUCAAGAUGAAUACAUGAAAGACUAUCCAUUCUCUCGAACUUGUUCUGGUUGUGACUGUACAGUUCUUCCUAAAGAUCAGUUAUUACAAGCAUGUGACGGUAUAGUGCAGAUAGUGUCCUAUUCGUUUCCAAAUAUUACAAAUACAACAUUUGCUGCAUCAACAACAUCGAUAACAAUUCAGGACUGUACACCCUUUGGUAUAGCAGAGGAUGCCUUCACUAGUCUUACCAAUUUAAACUCACUCACUAUACAGAAUUGCGGUAUUACCACAAUGCCAUAUGUUGAACUUUCACCUUUAACCAUUCUAAACCUGAUAAACAAUGACAUCAGUAUUAUUUCAACAUAUACAGGAAAUCUACCAUCCUCCCUACAAUAUUUAGCUUUGACUCAUAACCAGUUCCACUGGUUCCCGGAUGGAUUUAUCAAUGGUACUAAUCUGCGUCUUGUGAGUCUUGGAUAUAAUAAUCUCACCAAUUUCCCACUGUCAGGAUUUGGAAGUUUACCUAAUCUCAUGUACUUAGGUUUGGAAGGUAACUUAAUGAAGAAGAUUUCUGUGAAGCAUCUUUCACCUUUUAAAACUGAUACAUUUGUACACGUGAACCUGAGUACAAACUUGAUAGAUUAUGUACAGCCUGGUGCCUUCAGACAACUAAACAACUUAAAAAUAAUAGAACUGCAUACCAAUUAUCUCUCAUUCUUACCACGUGGGACUUUUGAAAAUGUUUCUCUCUUAGCCCAUUUAGAUUUACAUGGUAAUAAAUUUGAAGUUUUCAACACCGAAGCUUUAAUUGAUUUGGAGAACUUGGUUGAAUUAAGGCUUCACUCACAAGAUCCAGAUAUGACAACGAUUCUGUUUAAUUCCAUGAUCAACAUUGGUAAAUCCUUGAAAAAUUUAUUUAUCAGUGACAAUGCCCUGACACAUUUGCCACAUCAAGUGUUUACAGAAGGAGAGUUUCCAUUACUUACUGAUCUACAUGCUGAUCAUAAUAGCAUACAGAAUAUAACAGAUUUGGAUGAGAAAGGGUAUGGUGUUACACUACGUUCAACCUUCCUUCAGCGACAGAAAAAUCUUAUUCCAUUUGGAAAUACAACCAAUAUAAGAACAAUGUAUUUGGAGUACAAUAGGAUUGAGCAAAUCAAUAACUCUGAUUUGUGUCAACUUAUAAAUUUGCAAACUUUAUAUCUACAAACUAACAGACUACAUGAAAACAACAUUGAAGAGGAUGCUUUCAAAUGCUUGCCUAGUUUGAUAUACCUAGAUCUUGGUGGUAAUUAUUUAAUGCAGUAUGUUCCAGUAGCACUGACAACACAAGAAAAACUUCCUGCCAUUCAAACAUUGGGACUGUAUGGAACACAAAUAACAUUUAUAGAAGCAGAAACAUUUUCAAAUAUAUCAACACUUUUAAACCUAAAGAUGCAAAACAACAGAAUUGUUGCUAUAGAAAACAACGCAUUUCCAUUACGUCUCAGAACUCUUGAUCUGUCUGGUAACAGUUUCCGGUUCAUUCACGAAAAUCAGUUCACGUUCUUGUCAGAUUUAUCAAACCUGAAUCUCGGGAACAACGAGAUCGAUUAUCUACCAGAUGAAGUCUUUACCAACUGUGUCAACCUAACAACAUUGUAUCUUAAUGGUAAUAAAAUUCCCCAGCUAAAAAAAGUACACCUUCAGAAUUGUCCGUUAACAGGACAGGUAACCUUUGCUGGUAAUCAUAUUGGUUGGAUUGAGGAUGGAACAUUUUCUCACAUUUCCGACAUGACUUCUUUAUCGCUAUCACAAAAUAGAUUGUAUUGGCUACCAAAUGCAGGAGACUUCAAUUCUUUAACAAUUCCUUCCUACACGCUUUCGUUUAAUGGUAAUAGAAUAAGCUUCAUUCCACCUGGUGUCUUCGUGAAUUUAUCUACUGGAUACUUGGAUCUAAAAAAUAAUAGAAUUUCAUCAAUAGGCAGCCAUGCGUUCGAUUCUGUUACUGUGACGUUUGCGUUGACACUGACGGGAAAUCAAAUGCGUGAAAUUCAAAGUAACGCAUUCACAAAUGUCAUGUGUGAUACUUUUGCUAUGAAUGACAUGUAUCUAGAGACAUUGCAGUCUUUUGCAUUCAAUUCUUUCUCUGCCAACGAAGUUGACCUUCAGAACUCGCAAAUAUCAGAUAUCAGACAGAAUGCGUUCAAUGAUUUCAAAGUUACCGGUACAAAAGGAAACUUUUAUCUUAAUGACAACAACUUAACAGCUUUAGAGACAUCCAUAUUUGGAGGUACUUCGGAAGUAACUAAUUUACAUCUAAAUGAUAAUGGAAUGACAACAGUAGCUACUAAUGCCUUUCGGAAUCUUACCGUUUCGUCUGUGUACUUAUUCAACAACAGACUAACAACAUACCCUGUGGCACUUAGUGAGGUUAAACCAGUAGAAAUACACUUAUACAGUAAUCUUAUCAGUCAGAUACCCACAGGAUCCUUAUCAGGACAGACUCAGCUACGAUUAAUUUACGUCUACAAUAACUCACUUACAGCAAUAACAUCUGACUUGUUUAAAGAUGCAACUAGUCUACAACAAAUAGACAUGCAUGAUAACAAGAUACAGAAAAUAGACGAAGGAUCUUUUACAGGACUGAGUAACCUACAGAUAAUAGACUUAAGCGACAAUGAAAUUCCAUAUUUCCCGGCUAUCACUGAUCUAGCGCAGCUUCGAACACUGAAUCUUCGAAACAAUCUAAUUCAGACUUUGGGUGGUAUUUUUACUCCGAAUAUUAUAUCAAGUCUAAAUCUUGACAAUAAUCCACUAGGGUGCGAAUGCAGUACAACAGGAAGUAUUUUCAAUGCGAUCGGUGCUGUAUCAUCAGAAACACAUUGUUCAAUUCCAACAGAUGUAGCUGGCGUUUGGUUUUCUACUGCAAAAGCAGCGGAUCCAUUAUUUUAUGAGAAUAAAGACAGAACACUAUUUCAAUGCAGUGCAGGAAAUAUUAAAGGGACUGCUGCCUCGAGUACAAGUAUGACAAUAGAAUGGACAAGACCUAGAUUUUUGUUCGAAAUUUUUGGAGACAAUUCAACAAGCUCUUUAAAAAAAGCAAAUGCAAACACAGAAACAGUAUGGGACUAUAUAGUAACAUGUACAAGCACAACAGCAAGUACGCUACAGAAAAUUGUUCGUGUUACAGUUGAUCUACCACCGUACUGUUAUGCAACUUUUUACAAUAGGACAGAUUGCCUUGAUCCAGGGUGUCUAUAUUUUGAUACUGCAACCGACGCGGUCAAAUGUAACAGUCCGUGUGUACCGGUAACUAUUGACAUGACUCCUAUAACAACAGCUGAUUGUACGGCAGAUUGUUUAUUACUGAACGGCGCCAUCAGUAAUACUGGUUGUACAAGAUCUUGUUCAAGAACAUCAGCCGAUUUAACCAACUGCUCAACUGUGUCCUACCACUCAGCGGAAGUCACGGUUACAGAUGGUGAUGGACUGUUGCCAUUGACAACAUAUGAAUGUGAUAUACAGAUGCGUGUUGAUGAUUAUACGAGUGCAAAUAGUAUUCCAGUAUUUGUAUAUACACCAGCCACAUCUACAACUGGAGGUACAACCGGUGCUACAGAUAUACUACUGAACGUUACUUACUACGACUUCAGUGCUGGAAAUGAUGAUUUUUCUAGUGCUAGUGGUUUAUUACCACGGAGUCCAUAUCACAUGACCAGUCCUUUGGGCUCCUGGUUGGCUAUUUCUGAUAACCCUACAAGUGAUACAUUUUCGGACUGGUUCCGAUCAACGUCAUCAAACUAUGUGAAGCUUGAUCAAAUAUUGUUGCAACAUGAUACAAGUAUCACUUCUUCAACUAUUCACAAAUUUUGGUCAGACACCUUUUAUCCAGUUGAUGACUCUGGGUAUGGAUCAGAAGGUCAAACUGACUGUUCGGGAGGUUUACAUAAUUUUAUAUUCACAUCUGCUAUUCGAACCGGACUGAAAUACUUAGGAACAGAGAAAAUUACUAUUGGAGGUGGAGAGGAACUAUGGUUAUUUAUUAACAAACACUUAGUUAUAGAAUUGGUGGAUGAUAGAUCAUCAGCGAGCAUUGGUUGUCAAAUGAUCGAUCUUGCUAAUGCUAAAGAUGGUGGACCAAUCAUACCACAAGAGGGUGUCAUUGUCAACGGUGAAUGCACUGGUAUGUCUCCUAAAUCAGCAUCUUCAGUCAGUUUGACAUUAGAGAUAGGAGAAACAUACCUAUUUGAGAUAUUUCAUGUUGAACGAAUGGCUUGCUCUUCGGAAUUUCUGGUUCAUUUAGAGGAUGUUUACCUUUCUGUGAAUGAAAAUGACAUUCCUCCUUUUCAUUACAAGUUUUCUGUAUCGGAAAAUCUCAACGUGAAUGGAAUCGUAGGAACGUUUCCUUUAUGGGAUAUUUUCAAAGUAGGACCAACGUUUUCAGUGGAACUUCUUGCUGGGAAUGAAGCUAGACAUUUUACUUUAAAAGAUGACACGACCGCAAAUAAAAAUCUAGGAACUACAACAGCUCCGCCAACAUAUUCAUACUUUGAUCUGUUUGGUACCAAUAUAUCAUUUGUAGAAUGUGCAGGCACUAAUAUUCUAUUACCAGAGCCAAAUACACCUGGAUCAGAAUCUUUCACAAUAUCCACAUCAACUGUUUUACCUGCCUUAAGUACAAUUUUGGACUUUGAAGUUGCUACAGAAUACAUUUUGGAAAUGGAUAUAAAAGACAUGGGUUCAAAUCUAGAAGGGUCUUUAGUUGUAAAGAUUGUUGUAACAGACUUCAAUGACCAUUGUCCAUUACUAUCUCUAACAGAUGACGUCUUUAUUACACCACAACCUCUCUUACAAAUUCCUCCUCUGUUGACUGUAAAUAGUUCUGAUCUGGACAGCGGUAUAAAUGGAGAAUUCUUCUUUUACGUGUCAUUAGUACAUACUGAAAGUCCUGUCAUAAACUAUGAUGAAUCGCUAGAUAUCAGAAGAGAAAUAUAUAACGACACCACAGAGCUGACAGUUACCUUGGCAGUAAUUGAUGGAGGUAUCCCACCAAGAGGUAGUGCCAUCAAUAUCACAGUAAAUAUCAGUAACACGUGUCUAGUCAACGAACAGUUUGAAAAGACUAACUUUACAUUCAGCGUUAAUAACAAAACUGGAGAGUUUUACCUCAGAGUCCCGGGAUAUUGGACUGUUGAUUUCCAAUGCUUGGAUGACAUUGGAUUAUCAAAUGGAAUUGUUCGGGAUGAGCUUAUUACUGCAUCUUCAUCAGGAAAUUACCUUUCAAAGCCAGAAAGAGCUCGCCUUUGGCUAAAUGCUUCAGCACCUAUAUAUGGACCUCUGACGGGUGGAUGGAUAGCUGAUGAUACGGAUAUAGCCCCAUAUAUUCAAGUCAAUUUGGAAGAUGCGUAUAAAAUUACAAAAGUCCAUCUACAAGGUCAACAAGACGAACCAAACUGGGUACAAUCAUUUCAGAUUACCUCUUCUAAUGAUGGUGCUGUGUGGACUUUGUAUCAUGAUGAUUCUGGGGAAUAUAUUUUUCUUGGAAACAAUGACCAAAAUACUGUCAAGACAUUAGUUUUGUCACCGCCUAUUCUCGGACAGUAUAUCAGAAUUAGUCCCAGAAACUGGACGGGAAGUGCAGCACUACGAAUGGAACUUUCAGGGUGCACACAAGCGGAACAAUACCACUUUGACACGUCCUGUGAGAGAUGUUACACUUCAUAUUACUGCCUUGGAGACAGCGAGACCCACAUGUGUGGAAGAUGUGAAAAUGAUACAAUUACAUGUGAUAGGUCACCAACUGAACAUUCUUUUGGGGCAGCCUCUGAAUGCGUAACAUGUCCAAAGGGUUGGAUAUGCAAAGAUGGCUAUGCAACCACAUGUCCUGAAAAUCACUAUGUAGAAUGUAAUGACGUGAAUUGUCCAGACACUUGUUCCGCGUGUGAAUCUGGUUAUGCAUGUAGAGAUGGACGAAGAUACAUUUGUGAACCAGGAACUUAUUCAGAUGGAACUGUAGAAUUUUGUAACUUGUGUACUGAAGGGACGUAUCAAGACAUUUCUGGACAGGACAACUGUAAACCCUGUCCAGCAGGUUAUUAUAGUUCAACAUCCAAAGAUCGUUGUAACCCUUGCGAAUCAGGAACUUACUCAAUUGGAGAUGGUUCAGGAGCUUGUCUUGGUUGUGCUAGCGAUACAGAAUGUCCUUGUAAUGUAGAAGGUACUUGUUUCAGUCUGGAUUUAUGUGUAAACACUGGUUCAGGUGGAUUUCAGUGUCUUGGAUGCCCAACAGGAUUUAUUGGUGAUGGAGUGACGUGUUCAGAUAUAGAUGAAUGCGCUUUGUAUAAACCUUGUUGGAAUAACUCUGCCUGCCUAAAUACUGCACCAGGGUACCAAUGUUUGGCGUGUCCACGCGGAUAUCACAGUGGCACUUACGAGGAUGGUUUGUCCAUAAACAAUACCGUCCGUGUGUUUGAGUUCCACAAUGAAGUCCUUUCUCCUACACAAGAUCAGAUGUGUUAUGACCUUGAUGAAUGUCUAACUGAUAAUGGCGGAUGUGAUUCUAAUGCACCAUGCGUUAAUACCAUAGGGAGCUAUUAUUGUGGAAAUUGUGGAGAGGGCUAUACUGGUAUACCAAACAUUGUCUGUUAUUCUACAAACUAUUGUCAGACAGGACAACACAAGUGUGCUGCGGUUGCAACAUGUACUUAUCUUAGACCAAAAGAGUAUAAAUGCGAGUGUCCAGUUGGUUAUAGUGGAAACGGAAGGCAUUGUGGAAUAGAUACAGAUCUAGAUGGACAUCCAGAUGUGUCUUUAUCAUGUUCCGACUGGGGAUGUAAACGAGAUAAUUGUCGUACAAUACCAAACUCAGGACAGGAAGAUGUUGAUGGCGAUAAUACAGGUGACGAUUGUGAUGAUGAUAAAGACAAUGAUGGAAAAAUAAAUAGAAUUGAUAAUUGCCCGUUCAAAUACAGUUUUAGCCAAGUUGACACAGACGGUGAUGGUGUUGGGGAUCCAUGUGAUAACUGUCCGUCAAAUGUCAAUCCAGACCAGUUAGAUACAGACGACGAUGGAACUGGUGAUGAUUGUGAUACAGACGAUGAUGAUGACGGAAAUCCUGAUACCUCGGAUAAUUGCCCUCUUGUAGCAAAUGCAGGACAAGAAGAUGCAGAUGGAGAUGAUUUUGGUGAUGCUUGUGACAAUUGUCCUGCUAUUUCUAAUAGGAAUCAAACUGAUACAGACCAGAACAAUGUCGGGGAUGCAUGCAAUCCAAUUGGUGGGCUUAAUCAGGAUAGAGACGGAGAUGGUGUACUAGACAGUCUUGAUAAUUGUCCUGAAGUUGAAAAUGGUGAUCAAAGUGACAUGAACAGCGAUGGCACGGGAGAUGCAUGUGAUACAGACAGAGAUGAUGAUGGAGUCAUUAAUGAAGAAGACAAUUGUCCAUAUUUUGCGAAUACAUUACAAACAGACAUCAAUGGCGACCUUAUUGGUGACGACUGUGUAGUUGAUUCUGAUGGUGACGGUGUUGUUGAUAGCAAUGAUACUUGUCCACAUAACCCAUACAUUUCCUCAACAUCCUUUCAUGACUAUUCUGUGGUGGAUUUAUAUCCGGGAUAUAGCACGACAGCUGCACAUUGGUGGGUAAAGGGAGCUGGAAGAGAAAUUUAUCAACUUGCUGAUACAAAGGGUCCUUCUAUGUUAAUUGGAUCUCAAUCUUACAGUUCAGUCAGCUACAGUGGAACAAUAUAUGUGCGUUCAGAUAUUGGAGAUAACUACGUUGGUAUUGUCUUUGGUUAUAACAGCAAUAGGAAAUUCUAUUUGGUUUCAUGGAAAACCAAGAAUUAUAACUUUGAUUCAAAAACAUACCAAGCAGGAAUUAAAGGCAUUAAUAUGAAGGUAAUUGAUUCUAACACUGGACCUGGGAUUGAUUUAGCAUAUGCUCUAUGGCAUUCCAGUUCUAAAGAAAAUCAAACGACAGUGUUAUGGCAUGAUGACAAUAUGCUACAAUGGAGUAAUUAUACAUCGUACAAAUGGUUUCUAACACAUAAUUCUGAUCUCGGAAAAAUAAGAUUCCAGCUGUACGAUUUAACAUCCAUGUUGGCAGAUAGUGGAGAUAUAUACGAUACCCGUAUUACGGGUGGGCGUGUCGGGGUAUACCAAUUUGGACAAGAGAUGUCACUAUUUUCUGAUAUAAAUGUGCAUUGCGUAGACAGACAGAACAUGGCAAUGAAAUUUAAUGGAAUAGAUAAUUAUGUGUCAAUAACAAACGUCACACAACUGGAAGUUGAUAAAAGUUUCACAUUUGAAGUGUGGGUUAAAGUGGAAACUGGUAGUCCGGUGACAGCAAUGCCAAUAUUUUGUACUGAAUCUCAGAGCAUAUGUUUAUGGUUGGAAAAUUUAAAGGCAAAUGGACAGUACGGAAAUUCCACUAUAAGUACUACUGUGACCAUUGGUACUGAUGUAUGGAAUAACUUGGUACUGCAAUAUGAUGAGUCUGAAUACAUUCUGAAGAUAUACCUAAACGGUGUUCUAUCGGCUUCUGGAAGUAGUAUACCGCCAAUAGAUUGGAGUACCUACACUGACCAGUCUGACAUCUUUUUAUAUCUUGGAAGGGACAAUACCAAUUAUUUUCAAGGCUUUAUGGAUGAGGUGAAAUUCUACAGUGUGGCUAUAAUUGAUGCAGAGAUAGAUGACCACAUAUACUUGGCAUCUUUGGACAAAUAUCCAAAAUACCACAAGUAUGGACAGUUACACUUCAAGAUGGAUCAAACAGCAGGUUCUCAAUACCUCCAGAAUGAUGGUUUAAUAAGUUUAAUUACAAAUAUCCAUGGCAAUUCCACUUUUGCAGAGAGUUCUCAAGACUAUUCCAGAUUCCGUUUAACAUAUCCGAACAACUGAUACAGAUAUUAUAUUUGACACCGAGUUUUAAAAGACCAUUGAAAGUUUUUUUUUAUAUGAUUAUUUCUUCGCAUGUCUCGUUGUAUAUCUCGUAAUUGUUCUGUAUGUAAACCUAAAUAAAUGUCAGUAUUAAGUGUUUGAUACAUGUAUACCACAGCUGGAUUUUACGUGAAAUAUGUUAAUUCAUUAGGUAUAUUAAUGAAAACUUGAUCACUCUUACGUUGAAAUCAAGUAGCCACGCCCAUAAUCUAUUUCUCCUGGUCUUUGUUCAGAUAGUUAACUUUGAAUGGUACUUUCAAACGCAUUGUGUUGUUUUGUUAAUGCAUUAUCAAACCUGGAAGGUUUUAGUUUUACAUUCAAAAGAGUAUAGAAGCAAAUAAAAAAAUCAUGCAACUGUCAACGUCUUGCACGACUUCAAAGAAGUUAUAUAUAUAUAACUACGUGCAGACGGACUUAAAAUAUUAUCAUGUAAUUGUGUCCAUUGAAUAAGAACUAUGUUUGAUUAAAAUGGAAUCAAUAUCGUUUAGAAUUCCAAAAAUAACUUUGUUUAGAAGCAACUGUUGGAUUUUCUCAUUCAUUUCUUAUAAUUAUGUUUGUACAGAAAGUUAUGAGUGCUUUCAAAUUGUGUCAUUUCAUCCGACCACAAUUAUUACUAAAAUAGAUAAAUAUUUGGACAAAGUCCAAUAAAAAUAAAGUAAAAAUAACCUUCUUAAUGCUGUUAUUGUUUUAUGAAUUAUGUUGUAUAUAUAAUAUAUAACUGCACUGAUAAAAUAAUAUUAAAUUCAAGAAAAAAUGUUUUUGGUGAAAUGUUAUUACUUAUAUUUGUUUAUCUGUGAUAUCUGUUAUUGUUUUCAUUGUUAAUGUCCAAUAUUUUUACAAUAAAAAUGUUUAAAGUAAAUAA